AUAAAAAGCAUAUCCACUUUUAUAGACUUUACGAUUUUUUAAACUUUCUUUGUCUAUCAAAUAUUCUCAUAUAUCUGCAUUAUAGUUAUCUAAAUAAAUAAACUAUUUUAUUCAUGAACUCUAUCUAGUAAACAUUAACUCUCUCACUGGAAAAAUUGGUGUAGAAUGGGUAUAAUUUAAAACUAAAAAGAGAGACUCGAUUUUCCACUCGCAAAAGAUAGAAAGAGAGAGAGAGAGAGAGAGAGAGAGAGAGAGAGAGAGAGAGAGAGAGAGAGAGAAAGGGAUGACAAUUUUUCGCACGAUAUAAACACGGUUACCGGUACACAAAGGAGACGUAAGCUUAACUAAAAAAGGUGACAGCUAUUCUUAGUUCCGUUCUCCGUCGCCUAAGGAGCAAUUACCUUAUUGUCCAAACGAGACACCUUUUUUUUAUAGUUGUACGAUUGAAAUCCUUUGUACCGUAGCUCUUUAAAAACAUCUCGGUAGCUGGUGAGAUUCCUUGCAAAUGGUUUUCUUUUUUUUUUCUGUUUUUCAUUUUCUUUUCCUUUUUCACAUUUUUAUGAGAGAAUAUUCAAUCAACAAAAGAAAUUUGAUUUACUCCUUUCACAGUGUUCGAGAAAUGAUCGAUAAACUUGUCUUGGAUUAUACCAAUUACUUUUGAUUGAUGCCUAAACAUAACGCCCUAUAAAAGAGAGAGAAAAAGAGACAAAGAGAGAGAAAGAGAGAGAAAGAAAAAAUAAGCCUUGCUUUCCAUAGAAAGGAAAAAAAAAAAAAAAAAAAAGAAAAAAGAACACCCAACGCGUACUCUGAAUUCUGAUUAAAAAGCAUAAAAUGUACGAUAACAAAAAUAAAUAGAUAAAGAAAUUAAAUGAAAAGAAAAAAAAAGAAGAUUAAAAAAAGAAAGGAAAAAAAAAAAAAAGAAAGAAAAAAGUAUAAAAACAAAACAAAAUAAUACUCGAAAGGAAUAAAAUGAAUUGACAAAAUUCCACGUUAUACGUCCUCGUUCAGAUUAAACACGUAAGCGAGAAUAGAAUUUCGGUGAAGGAGCAAAAGAGGGAACCUUAACUCCAGCGAAGUCACAUGAAAGGGGUAAAAGCGCAGUUGUAAGAGCAAAAGUGGGAGUUAAAAUUUUCAUUCGACUCUCUCUUUCUCUCUCUCCCUCUCUCUCUCUCUCUCUCUCUCUCUCUCUCUCUCUCUCUCUCUCUCUCUCUCUCUCACGCUUUCUCUUUGGCGGGUAGCAAGCAAAGCUCGUAGUACUCGCACACAUGUGUGCGAACGUCUCGAUAUGAGGGUGUGCGUGCCGAAGAGAAGAGGAGAGGAGAGGAGUAGGUAUGGAUGGGUGGGUGACUGGCUGCCUGACUGGAGGGGUAGGAAUAGCUACCAUUCGAGUAUUAUUGCGGUACUGGCUGAUAGAGGGUGAGGGCAGCGAGGGUAGGAUAUAUCAACGGUUGGCGUUUAUGUGGCGACCAACUGUCGAGUUAAUAUUCACGCGAUUCGGAGCUGACCCCUUCUUGCACCCUCCUCUGUUUCUCUCACUCUCAUCCACUCCCUCUCCCUCUCACUCCAAUUCACUCACUCACUCACUCUCUUUACGAGGGAAGUCACGUCGACAGCAUAGAGAAAUUCUCGAUUUCCACUUUCAUCUCUCUCUCCCUCUCCCUCUCUCCCCUCCUCCUCCUCUCUUCUCUCUCCCUCUCUCUCUCUCUCUGUCUCUCUCUCUUUGAAACUGAUCUUCAUCAUUUUAACAUCUUUUUCUAUUUUCUUUUCUAUUUUUUUUUCUUUUUUUUUUUUUCUUUUUUUUUUUUUUUUUUCUUUUUUCUUAUGAUCCAGAAGUAAGCUCAACGAAUAUUCAAACAUUGACUAGCCAUAUGCCGUAUGACAUUUCAAAAGCACCAAUUUCUAAAUUAAUCUUAAUUAUGUAUUGUAAAAUAGAAAUGAAAAAUUUAUCUUGUAUCGUCUACGACAUUUACAUAUAAAAGCACGCAUGGCGCAUGGCCCACCCUAUGGCAUGGCAUCACGGGACCUCGUUACUUGUUUCCUUCUCACAGCCUUCCUCUACUCUAGUUUCGGUAAGAGACAAAUGAUACGUCAAACGUUGCCAAAGUCGGAGAUACAGCCGCAGUUUCUGGCACCUUUGGAGAACCAUACGGUCACUCAAGGCCGUGACGUCUCCUUCACCUGCGUCGUUAAUCAUCUUCAAUCUUACAAGAUUGCCUGGAUAAAAUCAGAUUCGAGGGCUAUCCUAGCUAUUCACACUCACAUGGUCGCUCAUAACACACGGCUCUCGGUAACUCAUAACGGACAUAACACCUGGAAGCUUCACGUGAGCAACGUUCAACCGAACGAUUCUGGAACUUAUAUGUGUCAGAUUAAUACGGAUCCAAUGAAGAGUCAGACGGGCUACAUGAAAGUAGUGAUACCACCUGAUAUCAUGGAUCUCGACGACUCGGCCGACCUUUUAACGACUAAAGAAAGCAACGAUCUGCGAUUACGAUGUCGUGCCACAGGAACACCUAAACCUACGGUCACCUGGCGAAGGGAGGACGGACGUGAAAUUACUCUGAGAAGCGAGUUAGGUGUUAAACGAGUACAAUCCUACGAGGGCGAACAACUGCAUUUAGUGGGGAUCUUACGGCAAGAGAUGGGCUCGUAUUUGUGCAUAGCCUCGAAUGGUGUGCCGCCAACAGUUAGCAAAAGAUAUCACGUUAAUGUUCUUUUUAAGCCCUUGAUCAAAGUGACGAAUCAAUUGGUAGCUGCACCGACGAAUAGCAACGUCAUUCUGCAAUGUUACGUCGAAUCUUCGCCUAAGGCCUCGAACACGUGGUACAAGGACAACGGUGAGUUUCAAGGAAUAAACAUCAAACGUCCGUCUGUAAAAAAAAAGAAAAAAAAGAAAAAAACAAAAAGAAAGAAAACAGAAAAGAACAUUCUUAUAGGAAUCAAACUUUUGACCAACGACAAGCAUAACGUAUCAGAGUUCACAGUAAAUGAUUACGCGUAUCAAUUGAAUCUUACGAUCAAACAGCUAAGCCGAAAUGAUUUUGGUAGUUAUAUUUGUUCAGCGGAGAAUCCAUACGGGAAAGCAGAGGGUACGAUAAGACUUCAAGAGUUGCAUCUGUCGAAGACGACAGUGCCGACAAUUCGCAAUACCGAGUCCGCCGAGAGGCAAAACUGGAGAAAGCAAAUCGAGAGAAAGGGAGGAAAGAAGUAUUUGUACGCGUUAGGACGAGAGGUCGGUAGUACGAAUUCGACGCAGAGAAAUGUCGUAAGUUGGACGCAGACCACGCCGAUCUCAAGAAGAAAUAACUCCAACUCACUGCCAAGUGUCGUCCUCACAAAGAAUUCUAAAGUUUUAUCCUCCUCUACCUCCUCCUCCUCCUCCUCCUCCUCAUCCUCUUCGUCUUCUUCUUCCCCUUAUCCAGCGCCGGCACCUGCGCCCGCACAUUCCGCACCGACCCAACUGGACGCACAGAGCGAUGCUACGAGCACGCGAUAUUUUCGAUCGGUUCAUCAGCUUCAUCUGACGGUCGUCGUUCUCCUCUUUGCAAUGACGUCGUCUUAUUGAAGAUUAUUAACGGAUAAAAAAUUUUCAUUGGUUUUUGUUAAAACAUAUUUGUAGUUCAAGAGAAUCUAACACAGGUUUCUUACGUGAUUUCUUUUUUCUGUUUCUGUUUUUUUUUUUUUUUUUUUUUUUCCUUUCUUUCUUAGGAGAACAUAAUGCACGAAAGUAACGACGAUUCGUGCUGUGGUGUACAUAAAAACAAAACGAAAAAAGAAACAUUUUUAUGACAAUAACGAUAGCUCCAAUGUGUGAUCAGUCUUAUUUUCUUCCAGUAAAAAGGCUCCCUCUCCUUCGUUUUGAUACAAAAUUCUUGAUACUCCUGUUGCCUGUAAAAAAAAAAAAAAAAAAAAAAAAGAAAAAGAAAAAAAAAAGAAA